AUUUGCUACGUGGAAGCAGGAAGUAGCUCUCCACCGUUUUCCGGGUUGGCUUUCCGUCACCAGCUGAACUUGUCGGGGGGCGAAUGAUGGCCGGGGACCCCGUGCUGGCCCUGCGGGUCUCGGAGAUCAAGGACCCGGCGGCUCUGUUCGAGCGCUACAGCACCGAGGAGAUCCGCCGGGUCGAACGCAAGGUCCGCGGGGAGAUCGAGCAGAAAAAGGAGGAGCUGAGGCAGAUGGUCGGGGAGCGGUACCGGGACCUGAUCGACGCCGCCGACACUAUCGGAGAGAUGCGGGAGUGCUCGGAAAGCGUGGUGGAAUCCAUCCAGGACAUGCAGCGGUACUGCCGCACGCUGAAGCAGGGCAGGAACGGCGCGGGAGGCAGCAGACUGGAGAACCACAACCAGAACCAGAGGCAGUGGCAGGAGAAGUUCUACACCAUGGCCUCCCAGAUCAAGCUCCUCCUGGAGAUCCCAGAGCGCAUCUGGAGCUCCAUGGAGGCGGCCCAGUACCUGCAGGCCACCCAGCUCUACCUGCUCUGCUGCCACCUGCACAGCCUGCUGCAGCUGGAGGCCGCACCAGGCGGGCUCUACAGCCCCGUGCUGGCCCGCUUCCCCAUCCUGGUCCGCCAGGUCGCCACCACCGGACACUUCAGGUCGACCAUCCUCCUGGACAGCAGGUCUCUGCUGCGCGGCCGUGCCGUGUCGGACCAGGCUAUCGCCGAGGCCCUGGUCUCCACCAUGCUGCUGGAAGACAGCUCACCACGCCAGGCUCUGGCUGACUUCCUGUUGGCCAGGAAGGCCUCCAUCCACCAGCUGCUGAACCAACCGCAACACGGCGCAGGGAUCAAGGCCCAGGUGUGCAGCCUGGUGGAGCUGCUGAUCACCACGCUCUUCCAGGCCUACGCCGUCUUCUACAUGCCUGCUGAGGGGGCUCCCAGGCCAGCAGAGGGCGCCCUCAGCUGUGGCAUGCUCUUCUCCACCUUGGAGAAUGUAACCUCCUGCACUCCCACAGGUAAAGGCAGAAAGGUGUUGCAGCAGGUGUGGAGUACAGGCAGCUGGUUCAGGUAUCUGCCUCCAUCCAUCAUGGAGUUUCAGCCCACCCUCCGGACCCUGGCUAAGCCCAUCCAGGCGGAGCAGCUCCGGGACACGCUGCAGCAGUGGAUCAAUACCUGCAAGCAGGACAUCUGUCAGGGCGUUGGCACCCUCCUGGUCUACGUGAAGAGCCUCAAGGCUCUGGCAGCCAUUAGAGACGCUGUGUGGGACCUUCUGAUCACAGACUCCAUCAGUCAGCACUGGGGUAACGUAUGUCAGCAGAUGCUGGGGCGCCCCCUGGCUGUGUGGGAGGACUUCUUGCAGCAGCUCUUCCUUCACCGCCUUCAGACCAUCACCAAAGAGGAAACGGAGGCCAUCGCAACAAGCUCGGUGCAGCUGCUGACCUCGGCUGUGAGGGACCUGGAGGGCCGACCGGUCCAGGCCGCCGCCGGCAGCAACCCGCUCUCCGGUCGCAGUGCUCAGUACGAGGCGGACGUGGCGUCCUUCCUGUGGUCAGAGUCUCCGGGGGACCUGCUGAGCGACGCAGCCUGGGUCAGUGUGGCCCAGAGGGGCCAGCAGCAGCAGCAGAGGAGCGGGCUGGCCAUGAAGACGCAGGCCCUGACGCCCUGCGUUCAGAACUUCUGCUCCUCUUUGGACGCAAAGCUGAGAGCCAGACUGGACGACCUCCAGCACUACCUCCCAUCACAGGACACAGGAUCCGACUCCAUCCCGGCCGCGCCGCCUUCCUGCGGACCCCCGGACUCCUCUUCGUUUAACCGCUACACGGACUCGGCGGCGGUGGAGGAAGCUCUGCGCGAAGCCUGCGUGGCCUGCGUUCGCCACAUCCUGUCGUCGGUCCGCACCGAGCUGGGCUCUGCCCCGACCUGCCUCAGCUCCGUCCUGUUCAUGGCCAGGCUGUGCCAGUCCGUGGGCGAGCUCUGCCCCAGCCUGAAGCACUGCCUCCUGGGCAGACGGAGCACCGGGGAAGCCUCGGCCAAGGGAACCCCCAGGCAGGGAAAGAAGCUGGGCAAAUCCAAGGCCGCCCCAGAGGUCAGUCCAGCGCAGGCCAAGUGGGCUGAGCUGAAGGAGGAGCUUCUUGGCUGCAGCAUGGACGCUUACCGCAUCUGGAGCUCCGCCCUCUCCAAAGAGCUGAUGGAGACGUUUGGCGCGGCGUUGCUGGCGGAGUCUGCUGGUGCGGUUCUGAGCUCCGCAACAGGCUGGGAGGAUCUGGAGAUCCAGGAAGAGUCUGAAUCAGGGAACAGCGUCACGUCCAAGAUCCGCCUUCCAGUUCAGGCGUCCUGGUUUGUGCAGUCUCUGCUGUUCCAGCUGUGCGUGGAGGUGAACAGGGUCGGGGGUCAUGCUCUUCCCCGGCCCACCCUGCAGGAGCUGCUUCAGUCCUGUCUUGGUCAAGUUCUGCAUCGCUACGACGUCCUGGCAGAGCAGCGACGGGACGCGGAGGGUGUCCUCCCCAUAACUCAGAACCGAGCCUUGCAGUUGUUGUUCGACCUGCGUUACCUUAACUCCACACUGGGCAGCAGAGUGGAGGAGGGCAAGACCUCCAGAUCCCAGCAGGACCCGAGAUUCCAUAAGAUAUGUGAUUGGCUGGAAAGCUUCAUUGACCCCUUUGACCUGGAUGUGUUUACACCUCCGCUGAACGCCAAUCUCAACCGUCUGUCCCAGAGGACCUCAGUGCUGCUCGGCCUCCUGACUGGUUCGGAGAAGCAGUUUACGCCGCGGAGCAGCACUGUCAACUCCCAGGAGCCUUACAACAUCCUGCCACUGGCCAGCAGUCAGAUCAGGUUCGGGUUAUUACCUCUCAGCAUGUCAAACGCUCGCAAACCCACGUCCUCCUCCAGGGGAUCAGACAAGUCUCAGAACCUGAGAUUCUGAGAUUCUGAAGCCUUCAGGCUCCUCAGUCCUCCGCAGCAGGAAGUGACGACGUUUUCCGGCCGGGCAGUCUCUUCAGGCAGCUGGCCGAUCAGGACGAGGACUCGACGGCGCCCUCUCUGUUCAAGCUCAGCUGGCUGUCUGGCAUGGCCAAGUAGCCCUGUGCUGGUUUGUCUGUUUGCCUCGUAGAUUUUGUAAAAACACUGUAUAGUAAACAAAGCGUUGUGUUCUGA